AUGGACAUCAUCCUCGACAUUUUUGAGACAUCUUGUGCGAUUGGCAGCAAAGUUUUCACUAAAACGCGUGCUUCUGUACGCUCCAGAGGCCAGAGUCGUGUCUUCUCUAGGACUUGGCAGAGUCUUAAGGUUGAAGACAUGGUUAGCGCCUUCACCUUCAACGUAGCAACAGAACAAUACCUCUACUGCAGGAAAGGCACCCCUGGAUCCUCAAGCGCCCUCUCGGACUUGGUGAUUCUCGCGGCAGCUGCAUUCGCCACGAGAAUUCAAACAUCGAACUUCAUUGAGUGA